AUGCCUCCCCAAGAAGCCGAGUCAACAGAACGAUAUGUUCACCCUGAUGCACAGCAUGCAAAAAAGAAGGCUCCCUCGCCGUUCUUUAUCCAACCGAUCACUGCUUUCUACGUCUUCCUAGCAGCCAACAUCAUCGCUGCCCUGUUCGCCCCGAUCCAAGACUGCGAUGAGACCUUCAAUUACUGGGAACCGACCCAUUACCUCUCCCAUGGCUACGGCUUACAGACCUGGGAAUAUUCCCCAGACUUCGCCAUCCGAAGUUGGUUCUAUGUCGGGCUGCAUGCCAUAGCUGGAAACAUUCGAAGACUGUUGCCCCGAUCUACAAAAGUGGCCGAGUUCUACUUCGUACGGUACGCCUUGGCAUUCGUCUGUUCCCUAUGCCAGGUGCUCCUGUUUCGCGUCAUCAGCUUCACCCUAAACCCCCGAAUCGGACUGUUCUUCCUCAUGGCGACUGUCAUGUCUCCUGGGAACUUUCAUGCGAGCACCGCCUACCUACCAUCCAGCUUCGCCAUGUACACUGUCCUCCUUGGGACUGCUGCGUUCAUGAACUGGAGGGGCGGGGUCAAGACCUCAUGGGGUAUCUGGUGGUUUGCUGUCGGCGGCAUCUUGGGAUGGCCAUUUGCCUCGGCUCUUUGCGCGCCCUUCAUGGUAGAAGAGGCCAUCUUCGCCAUGCUCAGUGAUACUGAGCAUUUAAUCGAGUCCCUGGUUCGCGUCUCUCGCGGGGUUAUUGCCGGCGGGCUCCUGAUCCUCGGUGACGCCGCAAUCAACACUUUCUUCUACAAGAAAACAGAGUUCGUCUCGUGGAACAUUGUCAAGUACAACAUUUUCUCCUCCACAGGCGGUCCAGACCUCUACGGCACAGAACCAUGGACAUUCUAUUUUCGCAAUCUCGCAAUCAACUUCAACCUCUGGUUCAUCCUCGCCCUGCUAUCUAUGCCUUUGUUCCUCCUACAGAAGGCACUUUCCACCAAGCAGCAUGGCUUCCAGUCUGGAAUGCGAACAAUCGUGUUUCUCUCGCCGUUCUACAUGUGGCUCGGUAUCUUCACUGUGCAACCUCACAAGGAAGAGAGAUUCAUGUACCCGAUGUAUCCAUUCAUCGCCCUCAAUGGUGCUUUGGCGCUACAUAUCAUCCUGUCAGCCAUUGGCAAUUCGGACCCGAAAACACUAGUUGGCAAGAUCCCAGCAAAGCUCAAACUGUUGGGUGUUACGGCCGUGAUGCUUUUGUCGCUUGACCUGGGUGUAAGCCGCAUCAUUGGCCUCUACAGUGCCUAUUCGGCACCGUUGAAGAUCUACGAACCACUGGGAUCUGGAGUAAAUGGUCAGCAGGGUAUUGGAAGCCGUGGCGACAAUGUCUGCUUCAGCAAGGAAUGGUACCGCUUCCCCAGCUCCUACUUCCUCCCCCGCGACAUGCACGCCAAAUUCAUUCGAUCUGAAUUCCGUGGGCUUCUUCCUGGAGAGUUCUCUGAGGCGCGAACUGGCUUCGGGUUCUGGAGCGGGACAUGGCUACCGACGAAUGGGAUGAACGACAUGAACCAGGAGGACAUGGCGAAAUACGUCGACAUCAGACAAUGCUCAUUCUUGGUGGAUACUCAGUAUUCCGAGAACAAAGAUCCACUGCCACCGAACGAGCCAGACUACGUCGCAGACGAGAAGUGGGAAGUAGUCAAAUGCGAGCCGUUCCUCGACGCUAGCAAAACACACCUCUUGGCCAGAGUUCUGUGGAUGCCAGACUGGGAGGUCAUCCCCGAGAGAUUCAGGAGAAAAUGGGGACAGCACUGCUUGUUGAAAAAGAAGAUCUAG